AUGCUGGAACUGCUCGGGGAUGCGGGGACGGGGCGGCGGGCGCGGUCCCGCAGUGCGGAGCGGCAGCUCCCGGGACUGCGGCCCCACUUACGUGCGAGGCAGCCGGGACCGGGGCGCAGGAAGCCGGCGCAGGCGGCGAGCAGGAGCCCGAGGAGGCGGCGGGCGCCCAUGCUGAGCGCCCCGAGCGCCCUCGGCGCCGCCGCUCCCGGUGCUGCAGCCGCGCGGCGGAGCGGGGCCGGCGGCUCCACCCACGGGGCGGGGGGAAAGCCGGGCCGGGCCGGGCGCGGCGCAGAGCCUCGGCCGCCCCCGCCGCACCCGCUGCCGCGCCCCGAGGAGAUGCUCCGCCCGGGAGCCCGAUUUCCCCGCUCCUGGGCACGGCGAGCUGCCGGCCGCCCCGGGCUGCACCGGGACACGGCUCUUCUUCAGACCCGCUGGCCAGAAGAAAGACUCUGCUGUGCAAUGAUGAAGCAGGUAACUCCCAGCCCCGUCUCAACAGAGCUGAUGACCACCACUGACUUCUACCUAUGGGAGGACGGGUACUCGGGCGAGGCCGACAUGUUGCCUGAGAUCUGUGAGAAGCAGGAAAUACAGGGCUUCGCCCGCACCUUCCAGCCUGCCGUGUACCUGCUGCUCUCACUGCUGGGCACAGUGGGGAAUGGGCUGGUGCUGCUCACACGCACCCGCUACGGCCAGGUACACAGCAUCACCGAUGUCUGCCUCCUGCACCUCGCUCUAUCUGACCUCCUGCUGCUCCUGAUGCUGCCCUUCGCCAUCACCGACAAGCUGCAGGGCUGGUCCACAGGCACAGCCGCCUGCAGGGCGCUGCAGGGUCUCUACGCCCUCAAUUUCUACAGCGGCUUCCUCUUCCUCACCUGUAUCAGCGUGGAUCGCUAUGUGGCCAUUGUGCGGGUGUCCACUGCUUACCGCCUGCGCCCACGAGUUCGCCGCCAUGGCUGGCUGACAGCGGGGUCGGCCUGGCUGCUGGCCACGCUGCUAGCCCUGCCCCAGUUCAUCUACAGCCAGGCAGAGCAGCACCAGGAUAUCCGGCUCUGUCGUGUCGUCUUUCCCCAUGUGGUCUCACGGGUAGCCCGGGGGGCCACCAACCUGGUGCAGGUGGUGCUCGGCUUCGCGGUGCCCUUCCUGGUGAUGGCAAGCUGCUACACAGCGGUGGCACGAACACUGCUGGCGGCCCGCGGUGCCCAACCCCACCGGGCGCUGCGAGUGCUGCUGGCCCUCGUGCUGGUUUUUGUGGCCCUGCAGCUUCCCCACAGCCUGAUGGUGCUGCUGGACGCGGCCGAGCUGCUGGCCAGCUGGGAGAUGAGCUGUGCCCAGAGCCGCCGCAAGGACCUGGCACUGCUGGUCACCGGCGGGCUGGCGUACCUGCGCUGCUGCCUCAACCCCUUGCUCUACGCCUUCCUUGGCCAGCGCUUCCGCCGAGAGCUGUGGCUGCUCGCCAGUGACGCCGGCUGUGUGGGCUCCCUCGACCCGCGCUGCUCCGGCUGCCCCAGUCCCUGCCGCCGGACAUCGCUCUCCAGCUGCUCGGACGUGGUGUAG